AUGAAAAUAUGGGGUGUUUGCCAUCCAAAUGGAAAAGUAUACCUUUGGUGCAUGGAAAGACUAGAUUCUCUGCUUUACCGACUAGAAAAAGUUACAAUUCUUUUGGAAGCAGCAGCAGCUAAUAACAAUAGUAUGUAUCGAACAUCACCAAUUAAAGUGUCUACAGAAGGUGGAAAUCCUGCCUCAGUCAAAGAGUUUCAUGAGAUCAUUACUGGUCCUCUAUCUGAAUAUGUGCUGAGUAGUUCGAAAAUAGGAGAUGUUGUGAAAACUCAUGCGUCUAUGAUAGAAAAGUGUUUUCUACUUCAAGAAGAUAUUUUAAAAUUAGCCGCUGAUUGUUCUAAGCCAAAUGAUUCUGAAUUAAGCCUUAUUAUAAGUCCUUUAGCAAAAGAAAUAGAAGAAGUUAUUAAGUUUAAGGAUAUGAAUCGAAGUAGUAAUUUCUUCAAUCAUCUCUCAGCUGUAGCUGAGUCCAUAGCAGCUUUAGGCUGGUUAAGCGUGACACCUUCACCAGCACCCUAUGUGAAAAGUAUGCAAGAAGCGGGUGAAUUCUUUACAAAUCGUGUUAUCAAAGAGUACAAAGAAAAAGAUGCAGUCCACGUUCUUUGGACAAAAAAUCUUAUGUCACUGUGGUCUGCAUUACAAGCGUAUUUGAAGAAGCAUCAUGUUUGUGGUUUGGCUUGGAAUGCUCGUGGUAAACCAGCUACAGCUUCAAGACUGUGUAAAUCAUCACCAAACCGUGAAGUUAAUUCAUCUGUUGCUGUUGGUGGUGCUCCACCGCCUCCACCACCUGUACUUACAGCUGCUGAUUUAGCUGCGAUGUCUAUACAAGGGUGUGAUAAUUCAGCACAGUCUGCUCUAUUCGCUGAUCUAAAUCGCGGAGCAGCUAUCACAUCUGGUCUACGCAAGGUCACUGAUGAUAUGAAAACGCAUAAAAAUCCAAAACUUCGUGAAGGUGGUAUUGUGAAAACAUCGCCGAGGAAUCAUACAAAUUCACCAUCUGAUAUGUCAACUGUAAAGUCAUCAACAAGAGAUGAGUCGUCUACUGCAGGUUGUUUAGAAUUGAGGAGUAACAAAUGGGUUGUGGAAAAUUUUAAAAAUGCAAAAAACCUACAAAUUGUUGCAACUGAAACAAAACAAACCGUAUACAUUUAUAAGUGUACUGAAUGUACUAUUCAAAUUAAAGGAAAGAUUAACUCAAUUAUGUUGGAUGGUUGUAAAAAAACUGGUGUAGUAUUUGAUCAUUUAAUAUCAUCCAUUGAUAUAGUGAAUUGUCAAAGUGUUCAAAUCCAGUGCCUUGGCCAGUUACAAACUGUGAAUAUCGAUAAAACCGAUGGAUGUCAGGUAUACUUAAGCGCGGAUUCAAAGUUUGCUGAUGUGAUAACUGCGAAAUCCUCAGAGAUCAAUAUACUGGUACCCAAAGGAAAGGAUGAUUAUGAGGAGUAUGCCGUUCCAGAACAAUUUAAAACAAAUUUUACCGGAAAUGGAUUGAAGACAAUAUGCACAGAUGGGCGAUAA